AUGUUCGGAACAUCAAAAGAUGUAAAAAAUUUCAACAGAGAGCGCAGUGAAACGCGCAGGAACCAGUGGGGCUCCACGCGUAUGAAGAUCCGAGGCCCUGGCGACGGACCACGCCGCUCGGUGCCCUUCCAGAGGAUCUCCAUCACUGGGAUACACAUAACUGGGGUGCCGUUAGAUGAUUUAAAACGUUCAGCAAGCUUCCUAAUAAAUGCUCUAAAUUUGAGAAAAAAAUACAUGGAAAUAUCCCACCAAUCAUUUCCAGACGACUUGGCCUACUAUCUGACCCACAACGAGUGUCCGCCUUAUUUCAAUGACAAUAAAGAUAAGCCACAAACUAACGAAGCCUACCUACGAUUUGAUCCUGAUCUCGACGAGAAGUACUGUGACUUAACGAACUGCUCGUCAGAGGAACUCUUUAAUUUUCAGCAAAUAGACAGACAGAACAUGCGAUCUGAGACAGACCUGCUUUUACCAGGAACGUUAUCGACAAUAUAUUCGAGGUUUACUAAGAUUCAAGACAGUCAAGAAGAUUUGCAAGAUGAAGGACCGGGAGAUGAAGAUCCGUGGAACUGUCCUACUCCUCCAGACCGGCAUUUAGUGUAUCGAUGGAAGCACGGGAUAGUGCAGGUCUUUAAAAACAAAGAAGAUGCCCACGAAAACAAGAAAAUGAACUACCGCUACUUAUCCUUCAAACAAUACGUAGAGGACAUGAGUCUUCUCACUGAUAUGAUUUCUGAUGGACCAUUGAAGUCGUUCUGUUAUCGCCGGCUAAGCUACCUGUCGUCGAAGUUUAAGAUGCAUGUCCUGUUGAAUGAACUACACGAGCUGGCUCUUCAAAAAGCCGUACCACACCGGGACUUCUACAACGUUAGGAAAGUAGACACGCAUAUCCACGCCGCGUCUUGCAUGAAUCAGAAGCACCUGUUGCGGUUCAUUAAACGCACACUGCGAGCCCAGCCCGGCCAGGUGGUGGCUCUGAGGGACGGCGCGCCCAUGACGCUGAAGGCGGUCUUCGAGGAAAUGCAGCUGGAUGCAUAUGAUCUUAAUGUGGACAUAUUGGAUGUUCACGCGGAUCGCAACACGUUCCAUCGAUUUGAUAGAUUUAAUGCCAAAUAUAACCCAGUAGGAGAGAGCAGACUCCGAGAAGUAUUUCUAAAAACUGAUAAUUACAUGAAUGGAGCCUACUUUGCAGAUAUUUUAAAGGAAGUGAUGAGCGACUUGGAAGACAGCAAGUAUACAUACGCUGAGCCCCGGAUCUCCGUGUACUGUAAGCGGGCGUCGGAGUGGGGCGAGCUGGCCGCGUGGGCUCUGAGACGUCGCGUGUACUCCCCACACGUGCGGUGGCUUGUGCAAGUGCCGAGACUAUAUGAUGUCUACCGCAUAAACAAUCUGUUGAAGAAUUUUCAAGAAUUCCUUAAUAAUUUGUUCGAUCCCCUGUUUAAAGUUUCUAUUGAUCCUCAUUCGAAUCCCGAAUUACACAAGUUUCUGACUCACGUGAUAGGUUUCGACAGUGUAGACGAUGAAUCGAAACCAGAAAAUCCAAAUCUGACAGAAAAUAUGAAAACUCCUGAACAAUGGGACGAUGAAGAGAAUCCUCCAUAUGCCUACUAUCUGUACUAUAUGUACGCGAAUAUUGUGAUGUUAAAUCAACUGAGAAAGGAACAAGGUUUGAACACGUUCGUUCUCCGGCCUCAUUGCGGAGAGGCCGGCCCCCCGGCUCACUUGUGUGCUGGCUUCCUGCUCGCGGAGAACAUCUCACAUGGACUUAUAUUACGGAAAGUGCCAGCGUUGCAAUACAUAUACUACCUGUCCCAGAUCUUCAUAGCCAUGUCCCCUCUCAGUAACAACUCCCUGUUCCUUCGUUACCAUCGUAACCCGCUGCCGGAUUACUUUUCGCGAGGACUGAGGGUCACGUUGAGCACCGAUGACCCAUUGCAAUUCCAUUAUACUAAGGAGCCUCUGAUGGAGGAGUACGGCAUCGCGGCCCAAGCCUGGAAGUUUAGCUCCUGUGAUAUGUGCGAGCUGGCGAGAAACUCUGUGCUCAUGUCGGGAUUUCCCCGCGAGAUGAAGCAGCGCUGGGUGGGGUUGACGUACGAGCGUGCGGGCGCGGCCGGGAACGACAUCGCCCGCACCAACGUACCUGACCUUCGCUUGACCUACCGCCUCGAGACACUACGAGCUGAACUAAACAACCUCUUUGGAGUGUGA